AUGCAACCCAAACACUCUCUCCUGGAUUUCCCUGAACCACCGACAAGGAAUACCAUUGCAGAGGCACGCAGAGAACUCGAAUCCCGACGUGAACAGCUCGCACAGCUGACCGACAAAAUUGACGCUGCUGAAGCUGCACUCGCUCAGAUCGUGGCCGAGUCGAGAUGCACUAUCGGCGAGAUGCAACUCGAGCGGGAACUGCUGGAGGAGAAGGUAUUUCACACAAUGGCUUACAUUUCCCCCAUUCGCAGGCUUCCCAACGAGCUGCUUCGACAAAUAUUCUUGUUCAAUUUUGACGACUAUCCUUGUUGUGCCUGGAUUCGUCUUAUCACGACUCAGAGUUCAUCUGCCGAUACAAUACGGCUGUGGCUGGAACGUUCGGGCGAUAAAGUGCCGCUGGACAUCGAAAUAUUUCUCCAGGUUAAUGGGUCAUCUCCUGAACCUUCUACUCGCACGCGGCCGGUGUCGCCCACUCCAUGGCCAGGUGGAUCGUUUCCUCACACAGGAAGCCCUCCAGCACAUUAUGUGAUAUCCCAUACUCCAGGCACCGCGAUCAUUCUUCCCCCCGCGCAUACACCCAUCAUAGUCCCACCAUCACCAUCGCAUCCUGAUUGGUCCCCUCCUCCACCUUCAGCUAUGCAGAUUAGUCCACAGCCUCAACGAAGCAUGCAUUGGGGCCACAUCGCGAUUUUCUACUUGGUUGAGCAGAUGCCCCGCUGGCAGCGUUUUGUCUUCAGGUUUGACAAACAGUUCUCUUCCAUGUCAGCUUUAAAAUCUAUCUCGGGUGAUGCCCCUGUCCUCAGUGAAUUUGAAAUUUCAUGCGCAGAGCCCACUUACUACACAGAUUGGCCUUGGCUUCCGAGCGCAAGUGUCAAUACUCAGAUCGCGCUACCCAAGCUUGAGUCACUUACACUCCAAUUUACUCCUUUCAAAUGGUCUUCCCCUAUCUUCAAGACCAACUUGCGUUCUCUCACUCUCCGAGCCCUGCCAGCUAGCCAUCUUCCACUGGAUAGGAUCUUACAUAUUGUUUCCAGUAAUCCUGGUUUGGAAUCCCUUUCGUUGCACUUCACCAUUGUCCUCCCUGCGAUUCUUCCCCUAUCCCCGACUACCCUUCCUGAGCUCCGCGAGCUUACUUUCGGUGGUCAUUACCAUAUGUCACAAUUGGUGGACUCUCUGAUUCUCCCUUCACUGGACAUGCUCAAUCUUGAUAUUGAAGCCCGAGAGCCUGUUGAGGACACCAUCUCCAACAUGCUUACGCGUUCUAACAAUCCACCUUUGAGGCAUCUUUCUGUAGCUUACGGAAACACCUCGUCGACUUCGAUUUACUAUGGACCAGGUGGUGUGGUCAUCUCUUGGACUUUCCUAUCUGAACUGAACCAUCUACAAACUCUCAAUGUCGGCGGAACACCUUUCGAGCCACUUCUUACGGCGCUCGGUGCGCCGGAUGAGGACCAGACGCAAUGGUCACUUCCGAAUCUGACUGCACUAGCCAUGAAAAAUUGUCAUGCUCAUGGUGACGGGGUUGCUAAACUUGUGCAGAUGGUCGAGUCGCGCAAUCCAGAUACGGGAAAUGCGGCCAUUGUGAACGGGGUAUCACCUACUAGGCUGACACAGCUGGAGUUGUACGAUUGCGCUUCCCUUGGACAAGACGUGAUCAACUGGUUGAAGAAAAGAGUCGAAGAAGUUGUUUGUACGGAGCCUUCGUAUGUAAGGUCUCUUUGA